GCCGCCGCCCCUGCGAGCCCGGCCCGGCCGCGACCCUCCCGCGGACCCGGCGCGCUCUGGCCGCGGGGGGAGCCCUCGUGCUUUCUUUCCGAGCAGCUCUGCGGAUCGCGGGAGGGAAGCGGGAUGGAUGCCGUCAGCCAAGUCCCCAUGGAGGCUGUGCUCCCCAAGCACAUCCUGGAUAUCUGGGUCAUUGUCCUCAUCAUCCUGGCUACCAUUGUCAUCAUGACCUCCUUGUUGCUGUGCCCGGCCACCGCGGUCAUUAUCUAUCGCAUGCGGACUCAUCCUGUCCUCAAUGGGGCUGUCUGAGAAUCUCCCAGGAGGGGCAGUGAGGGAUGUGGGCGGUGUCCCCUCCCCCAGUCUCUUCCUUCUCAGAAAAGCAACGGGACGGGCUUUGCUGUGUGGACUCUGGAGCUUGGUAUGUGAGAGGAGAUCUGAGUUCUUGUUUGGAUUUUACCACCGGCCAGCUGUGUGAGUUCAGUCAAGGGACCUAAUUCUGUGGGUUCCGGGUCCCUUUUAAGUGGGGAUCAUGAUCCCUGCCCUUCCUACCUCAUGGGGUUGUAAGAACCGAUGACUUGGUGGAGGUGAAAGCUGUUUGUGACUGUGAGCAGCAAAGCCACUGCGGAUAUAAAGGUGUUACUGCUGAAUACCAAGAAGCUUUGAAGAACCAAACAACCUAAUUACUGAUGGUGGCCUUCAAGGUGGUGAGGGAGACGCUGGGGCAGAGCAGCCUUUGCCAGUGCCCCUCAGGUCAAACCCAGCAAAGGCACCCUAUCCCCAUCCCAAGGGGCCAGCAGCACCUGGCUCAGAGCAUUUUCUUUGUGGUGCCCCUCCCUCACGUUAUGUAAUUUGGAGGGAACUGAGCAUGGCAGGGGGAGGGAGAUGGGUCGAACUUCCCAGGACCCCCGUGGAAGGGGGGCUCUGCCAUUUCUUGGCAGUGCCAAGGGACGUGGGGUGACGGGCUUCUUUCUGCAUUGGAGUCUCAUCGCUUUGAGAGUCGAGCAGUGUGGGAAGACACAGGGUGGCUGAGUCCUCUGGCCAGCUCUCAGGAUCUGCAGCCCCCCACCCCUCGUGUGCCCCACACUUGAGCACUGUCACCCCCACCCCACCACCUCCGUGGUAUAAAGUGCAUGCCCUUCCUUCCUCCCCAUCAGCACUGCAGCCAAUCUAAGCUACGGAUUUUAAGAGAUGUUCCUGGGACUUUUGGAACUAACUUAAAACAACGAUGGUUAUUUUAGAUGCUAUGAUCUAUAUUUAUGGAGAGAGAUUUCUGGACCACUCAAGCUCUUUGAUGAAAAUCAGGAACGUCUUGGGAGUUAUUAAAUUAUGUAAUAGCACAGACAUCAGAACAUUGUGUGGAAGUAAUGCUUUUACUUUGGUCUGACUUCAUUGAUGUACACAACCGGUUUCCAAUAAAGUGCUAGAAUGAA